CUAUUUUCAUUUUGUUUAUAUAAUCUUGUCUGUGUUAACCACUAGCGUGUACCUGAGACCCACAACUUUCAAUCACUGAGUGUCCGAGGCUCUUCAGCACUUGCCAUGCCAUCGCGCCGCGCCUCCCUCGCCCCGCAUCGACUGGAGAGCGUCGCCGCCAGCACAGACACCAACCCGCGCCGUCGUUCCAGCGUCAGACUCCAGUUUUCCCAGGUUGAACCUUAUCAAUCAGAGGACGAACAGCCCGUGGAGGAAGGAGAGGAGGAUGACGAAGAGGGAGAUGACGAGGAAGAUAUUUACCAGCUGGACUUGCCGUCUGCGGAGCUCUGUGUAGACUACUGGCAGAUUCACAAGAUGGUUAAGUACCUGAAAGUUGGCAACGCGACCUGCACCACCAUAGCGCUCGUCGGCCUCAAGGACUGCGGGCUGCACCAGGAGGUCUGCCAGCUGGCCCUCAAGAUGGUGGGAGGUCUGGAGGUGCUGCUCAACAUCCUGAGGACCUGCAACCUGAGAUGCAAUAUCGGAUCCCUUCAGGUGCUCCAGGCAGCCUGUGGCCACGCCUCGACGCGGUCUGCGGUGCACAGGCUCGGGGGGUUGCAGGUUCUUCAGGGGUUGGUGGGUCACAGCCACGUCGAAGUUCGCGGCUUAGCUGCGGCGGUGUUGGCGCAGGUGUGUGUGCUGCCCGCCGCGCGUGCUGCGCUCAUCAGGGACGACGGCAUCCCAAAGCUGGUGGCUCUCCUCCGCACGGAGCCCAACACCCUGGUAGUGGACCACCAGCAGGCAGCUGCCGUUGAGGGGGCGGCGCAGGCGCUGUGGGCGUGCACAGUCUCCAGGAGCGGGCGCCUGGCGCUGCUGCGGGCGGGCGGCCUGGAGUUAGUGGGGAGCCUCCUCUCCGUGUCCCGCCCGGGUCUUCUGGUUCCUGUUGUUGGCGUCAUUCACCAGUGCAUCACGGAGGCAGCGUUCCGUCAGCGUGUGGAGGAGGCGGGCUACACGUCUGCCCUUGUUCGGCUGCUCCACGCCUCCACCCCCAACCUUCAGGUGCUGGCCACGAAGGCGCUGGCGAGGUGCUCCGUGCUGGAGGCCACCAGUGCCCGGCUGGUGCGGGAGGGGGGCCUCCGCGUGCUGGUGACGCUCCUCUCGCGGGAAGCUCAGUCGUACGUGGAUGCCCUGGUGGAAAAAGACCCUGCCUUUGCUCGGGAGACAGGCUUGCUGGGAGAUGCCCCGGGGCCGCCACGAUCCAGAAAGCAAUCAGUGAUGCCAGAUACGGGUAGUACUACGGGCGGCAGGGUGGGGUCAGGACAAGCACCAACUGCGGUUGCCUCAGAAGUGGAGUCAGCCGUUGGGGCAUCGAGUGCUGCAGAGGUCGAAAGCCAGAAGGAUCCAGAAAUUUCUGAUGCAAAGGCCUGUGGGCAAGCAGUUGGGGACAGUGAACUGUUGGAGGCCGUGUCGGAGGCCAUCUGGCACGUGUGUCUCCUCCCGGAGCACGUGACGGCCGUCAAGGACCUGACCGCCGUGCCCGUGCUGGUGGCCCUGCUGCACCACAACGACGAGAAGGUUCUCACAAACGUUGUCGGAGCCCUGGGUGAGCUAGCUGGGGACCCGGAGUGUUGCCUGGUGCUUCUCCGCGGCGGGGGAGUCACCACCCUCAUACAACUCCUUCGCAGAACGUCCGACAAACUUCUCCUCAACGUGACCCACGCCCUGGGGUCAUGCGCGGCGGACGAAGACGCGCUAAAUGCUCUUCUGAAACAAGACGGUUUGCGUCUCUUAUGGUCUCACCUGAAGAAUCCUAACUGCCGCAUCCAGGCCUCGGCAGCAAAUGCCAUCUGCACCUGUCUACAGCAGGAGAGUGAAGGCCUGGCCGAGGUGGUGAGAAGCCUCGUCGGGGGCAUAGAGCUGCUGGUGUCGCUGCUGGAGAGUGAGAGCGAGUCGGUUCUUUCGGCGGUGUGUGCAGCCAUCGCCAAGAUCGCCAGAGACCCUCAAAACCUUGCCAUCAUGACGGACUAUGGGGCUGUCACCUCACUCUCCCGCCUGGCUGUUCGGGAAAACGAUAGUCUACGACCCUUCCUUGAGGCCAUCGCUGCCUGCUGCGUUUCUCGGGAGACUGGUCUGCUGUUUGGUCAGGCUGGGGCAGUAGCGCCGCUUGUGCAGUACCUCGAGACAGACGACAGCACCAUCAGGCGGCCCACCUGCCGGGCGCUGCACCGCCUCUCCCUGGAGCCGGAGAACUGUGUCACUCUACACCAGAGCGGCGCUGUUCCGCUCCUCUUGGAGAUGCUGGGGUCUGAAGACGAUGUCGUGCAGGAGGCGGCCGCCGACUGCUUGCGGAACAGUCGGUUGUUGCUGCGCCGGUGCCAGGCCCAGGCCCGCGGGAUGAGGCAGCGCCCGUCUUCCAGGCGAUAACCUGUAGUGCUGGGGGCUAAUACUUGUACAUUCUUCUUCGGGUACCUCACAAUCUCCAUUCCAAAGAUUUGAUACUGCCAUGUUUCUAAUUUAUUUUCCAUAAUGGGGAGAACGCACUGAUGUAAAUCCCAUUGCUCCAAGCACAACUUUAAGAGAGCCCUUCACUAUGUGUUGCCUUGUUUUCUGGGAACACUCAAACCAGUCUCCUACAUCUUUUUUUUUAUUUUUUAUUCAAGUGGCGGAUUUCUAUGUAUCUUUCUAUCCGUAUAUGCGUUCAUUUACUGCUCAAGAUCUUCCUCUUGGAUGAUUAGUUACUUGUAUGAUUAUUUAACAUAACCUUAGUCUUCUUAUUUAGCUAUAGUCCUCCUUGCAGACAUUCCCUGUUUGCUUUCUUUUUGUUAUAUGCUGCAGUUGGCCACUAGUUUCGCUAAAAUGAACAUAAUCUGCAAAUCAAAGAUUACGUUGCCUCAUUUUUACUCCAAUUCCCAUGUUCGUCCAGUUAUUAUUAUUUUUUUUAAUAAUUUAAGCUCAGUUAAACAGUUUAGGUGAUAUGCUAUUCUUCUGCUGUUGUGAAUUGAAUUAAGGUCCUGUUGUAGUUACUGAAUGCCAAACAAAGUGGUU